GGAGUAACUAUUACCUUUAACCCUUAAUUUACCGCAACUACUCAUGUAAAUCCUUCUUCAGGUAGGAUGAAGUUUCUCAAACUUGCAUUUGUUUCUUUCUCGACGAAACUCAGCAGCUAAACCAUGAAGAUGCCAAGCAAUGUCUCUGUUGUUGCCGUCUUGUUGCUAUCAGCAGCGCAGAUUGAUGGCUUCCAGCAGUUCUCUGCGAGGAAAGCAAGCCUCCUUCGUCAGGCACCGAGCUCUUUCAAGCACAGCACGACGGUCUUGACAUCCAAUCCACAAGACCCCUCGACAUCCCACACCACUGCUGCUGCCGAUGGAAUCCCCGUGAUUGUCAAUGGCAAGCACACCACCAGUGAUGAUAUGAGCAGCAUUGACAAGCCAAAGCAGUCCGUGUGGCAGUCGUCAACAGGAGGCAUCAGCAACUAUGACAUUCGAGGAUUCCGUUGUGCAUCGUAUCUCUUGGUCCAAGCCGCUGGAGUUGGAAUUCUCAGUGGCUGGUCCGUUGGCAUUUUCAAAAUCUUGACGGAUACGGUAAAGCACUUGGCAUAUGCCGGUACCGUCUCGGCCAAAGCGUGGCAACGAUUGUUGUGGUUGCCACUCAUCCCCGCCAUUGGUGGUCUCGUGGUGGCAUUGCUGCGUCGACUGGGAGGUGGAUUCCCUCCAGGAAUGAAGGACACCAUCAAAGCAGUGGAUCAGCAGCCGGAUUAUCUUCUUGGCGGCGUGGAAAUGCAGCCACAAGAAUCUAGCAGCAGCACUGCCUACAAUCCCAUUUUUCACCAGUUUCGCUUUGUGAAAAAGUCCCUGGCUGCCAUUGUCACUCUGGGAACCGGCUGUUCUCUUGGUCCAGAAGGGCCAUCGGUAGAGAUUGGAAUGAACUUGUCCCGUCUAGUCAUGGACAUUUUCCCAGCUCGUGCCAAUACCAACACGACGCCACAGCACCAACGGAGACUCUUGCUGGCAUGUGGUGCUGCUGCAGGAGUGUCGGCAGGGUUUAAUGCUCCCAUUGCAGGCGCCUUUUUUGCGUUGGAAAUCAUACAACAAGCAUUUACAUCCAUUGAUCGACAAAAAUCAUCGGAUGCCAAUAAUGCUGAUACUGAUGAUGAGAUCGCUGACGAUGGAGCGGCCAAUCCACCACUGACCGCCUCUGGCAGUAUUAGUGCGGUGUUGCUCGCGUCUGUCUUGUCGGCACUCGUGUGCCAGUCCUUGCUGGGAGAGCACCUCAUGCUGUCUCUCAAAGAUUACACCAUGGAAACACCUCUCUUGGAACUUCCGCUUUAUUUGCUGUUGGGAGCCACUUCAGGAUUAGCCGCCUACCUUUUUGGGCAAAUCUCAACUGCUAGCAGGGCACUCUUUCAAGGCGAACUGGGCCCAAAGUCGAUCCGCAAUCGAUUUACCAGAAUGUCGCCCUUGGCCAAGCCUGCUUUGGGUGGUCUGAUUUGCGGUCUGGUCGGACUCGUCUUUCCACAGAUCCUCUUUACAGGAUACGACACAAUCAACAUUGUCUUGGCCAAUCGAAUGCUUCCGACACUGCUGUUGUUGACGCUGUUGGGUGUCAAAAUGACCACCACGGCCGUGGCAGCCGGGAGUGGAUUGGUAGGAGGAACCUUUGCACCGUCCUUGUUCUUGGGAGGAAUGGUCGGUGCUUCCUUUCACAACAUUGUCUCGUGGCUGUUGCAGAACGCUGCCAACCAUGGGACCAUCACCUUGGCAAGUCCCAUGAUUCAAAUGGCAGACUUGCCAGCGUACUCCAUGGUUGGCGCCGCCACCGUCUUGGCAGCCGUCUUUCGAGCGCCACUGACGGCGACUCUGCUCCUUUUCGAGCUAACCCGAGAUUACGGAGCCAUUCUGCCGUUGAUGGCCAGUACGGGGGUUGCCUCGCUUGUGGCGGAUAUCCUCGAUGUGAAAGACGAGACACGAAAAACCAAUCGACGUAGCCGGCAAACACAAGCAUCAGUGGCGGGGGCAGCAUCGUAGAGAGCGAGAGAGGGCAUGGAGGACCAUAAACGAUCUCAGAAAGGGGUUGUCGACGAGGAAGCUGCCCGCCAAGCAGCUCCUUUUUCGGGAUUGCUCAGCAUGUCUGGGCAGGAAAUGAAAGCACGUUCGAGCCUCGAGUACCAGCAUCUCAGUCGCUUUUUAGGUCACACUGAAUGUCACGUCUUGUGGUAGCAACGGUGUCUGGUUUGAUCCUUCGGUAAAAUAACCUGCCAGUUCUUUUUACGGACUCAUUUACGAUUAGCCAACACGUUAGACCGCACAAACAUCACCGUUGGAUCUUGCCUGGGUGAUGGACUUUCUGAUGAGACCACCGUUGUUUGCUAUGGCCAAGUCUGCAGUAACCUGACAAUAAUGACAAUAAUGGGCACGUAUCGAGACAUCAGUCAUGCUAAGCCGAAACCGAAUGGCGUCGAUGGCAUUUGCUUGGUUGUAGCGCCUAUUUGGGGACUGGCAGACGCGAUAUUUAACCCUUUCAACUGGUCACGUCUCAUUUUUCAUUCCCACCACAGUGAUCAGCUGUCGAUCACACUUGGGCAGCAUUGUUUGACCAGUCAAAACAGCCCUGGCAAUUUUUGCGAAGCAAACCUGAGGAUUUACUUAAAUCAUACAUUGACUCCCACUAAAAGAUAUUCCAAAGAUCUUCCGUAAAUGUACUGACCACCUCAGUGAGAUGUUUAAACAUUUCCAGCUUACGGGCAUCAGACAGUUCCGUGAUGACCGCAGAAAACGGCCUGAGCUCGAGUUCAGCAUCAAGUUGUUCGCAAGGGCUUUUAUGGCGUAAACAGCAAGAUUGUCUACUGUCACAAAUCAGUACAUGGUCUCCCGUGGCAUCCGAGAAACGAUUGUAGAGCAUUCCAUCCUCAUUGUGAAC